AUGGGAGGGAAAAUUGAUUAUGAUAUCAAUUCAGGAAAUGGUCCAUUCACUUUUCGUAUGCAUGGUCAAAACUACCACAGAAUGGGAUCAUUACUACCAGCCGAAGGAGAUAUACCCCGUUUUGCACAGCUAUACAUAUAUGAUACCGCUCACGAACUUCAGAACCGUUUCAACGCACUAUCAAAAGGAAAAAAAACAGACCUAGAUGAAAGUAUUCUGAGAGGGUUGAUUAAGAUGCUUGAUGAAAAUAACGAGUUAGCUAAAGUGUUUAGAAUGGCUAGAGAUCGAUACGAAACAGGAGCAAGUGAAGAAUAUUCAAUUAGGAUACUCAAAAAUAAAGAACGUGGAAGACAAUUUGACCUUCCACAAGGAGACGAAAUUGCAGGACUUAUUGUGGGUGACAUGUCUAUCCCAAACUCUGAUAGAGAUAUAAUAGUGCAUCCUAGAAUGGAUAAACCACAACGGAUAAGUUAUUUACAUCCAUCCUAUAUGUCACUACAGUAUCCUUUGUUGUUUCCAUAUGGUGAACAAGGCUACAUUGAGAAAACUAUUCCAUAUAGUUCAGAAGGAUAUGCUACAAAGAGGUCGUACGUUACAAUGAGAGAGUAUUAUGCAUAUCAAAUACAUACCAGAUUGACACUUCCAGGAACAAUAGUUCGUUCAGGACGCCUUUUCCACCAAUACAUAGUCGAUGCUUAUACUGCUAUCGAACAAGAACGUAUGACCUUUUACAUGCUCAAUCAGAAAAAACUAAGAGCAGAUUUGUAUAACAACGUCUGUGAUGCAAUUCUACAAGGGGAUGCAAGUUCAAAAAAAAUGGGUAAGAGAAUUAUUUUACCUUCUUCGUUCACAGGCGGGCCGCGAUACAUGGUAGAGAACUAUCGAGAUGCAAUGGCAAUAUGCAGAUGGUAUGGAAAUCCGGAUCUCUUCAUUACCAUAACUGCAAAUCCAAAAUGGGAAGAAGUGACUGAUCAUAUAAGAGAAGCAGGAAACGAGAAUGCAAAUGAUAGACCCGAUAUUGAAUGUCGUGUAUUUAAGAUGAAGUUACAAGAACUUCUUAAAGACUUCCAAGAUGGUGUCUUCUUCGGCCCUAUUACAGCAGUUGUUCACACAAUCGAGUUUCAAAAACGUGGUCUUCCUCAUGCACAUAUACUUUUGUGGCUACAAGAAACAAAGCAAAAUCCAACUGCGGAAGAUAUUGAUAAUUUUAUUACCUCUGAGUUACCAGAUAAAGAGGCUGAUCCGGAAGGCUUUCUAUUGGUUGAACAACUAAUGAUGCAUGGACCAUGUGGACCAAAGUGUAUGAAUGAUAACAAAUGCACCAAAAAGUUUCCACGACCCUACAAUGACAACACAAGCAUCAAUGAAGCUGGCUACAUUACUUACCGUAGGAGAUAUGAGGAAACAAAAUUUGUCAUGAAAGGAGAUGCAAAGCUUGAUAAUAGCUAUGUUGUGCCUCACAAUCUCCUACUUCUUAAGAAAUACAGAGCUCAUAUCAAUGUUGAAUGGUGCAAUAGAUCAUCAGCCAUAAAGUAUCUGUUCAAGUAUAUCACAAAAGGAGUUGACAUGGCUACAAUGGCAAUCGAAAAGAAAAGAGUGGGGGAACAGAAAACAGAAGAAAGUGAAUCAAAAGAAGAGAUCAAUGAGAUAGCGAACUACUUGGAAUGCCGUUACCUCUCUGCAUGUGAAGCUGCUUGGCGUACUUUUGCCUUUGAUAUACAUGAACGAAAACCUGCAGUAACAAGAUUACCAAAUAUUUUGAGAUGUGCAAACGAUGUCCUGAAGCAAGAGAACUUACAUAUGGCCAGUUCCCUACAAAAUUCGUGUGGGAUUCAGAUGCAAAAACGUGGUCACCAAGGAAACAAGGAUUCAGCAUAG